AUGAACGGUGGAGACGGUCCUUCUAGCUAUGCUCGCAACUCUUCCUAUCAGAGGGGAGCCAUUGACGCUGCUGAAUCACUCCUUAGGAAGGAGAUCCACAAGAGACUCGACCUCACAAACCAUUCUUUCUCUUCUUCUUUUACAAUCGCGGAUUUUGGAUGCUCCUCUGGCCCCAACACCAUUCUUGCUGUAGACAUCAUCAUCCAAGCCCUCCACCACAAGUUCAGCUCUUCUCUCCCUAAUGUUAAAAGCACCCCUGAGUUUCAAGUCUUCUUCAACGACCUCUCACACACUGAUUUCAAUGCACUUUUGCUUUGCUCCCUACUCAACUCCCUUACUUCGUUGCAGGUGUCCCCGGCUCUUUCUAUGGGAACUUGUUUUCUAAGGCAUAUCUCAACUUGGCCUACUCCUCUUGCUAAGAUUCACUACACAGGAUCAUCAGCAGAGGUUGCGCAAGCCUACUCCUGUCAGUUCGACAAGGAUAUCAAGUCAUUUCUGCGUGCCAGGUCACAUGAGCUUGUAGAAGACGGGUUGAUGGCACUGAUCGUGCCUGGUGUACCAGAUGGGUUUCUCGAUUCUCAGUGUUCAACGGGAUCUGAGUUUGAUCUGUUGGGCUCAUGCCUCAUGGACCUGGCCAGAGAGGGAAGAAUAAAGGAAGAGGACGUAGACAGUUUCAACCUGCCCAUAUAUUACACAACUCCAAAGGAACUUGAAGACAUUAUCAGAAGCAACAGAGAGUUGAAAAUCGAUAAAAUGGAGAUACUUGAGGGAAUGGACGCACAUGACACCAUGCCUGACCUCAACUCGAGGGUUCUGUACCUUAGAGCGGCGCUGGAUGGUCUCAUUCGCACCCACUUUGGCCACCAAAUACUCGAUGACCUGUUUGAUCGCUACUCCCUCAAACUUGCUCAUUCGUCUUUCAUCCUCAAUCCUCAAACACACAAAUCCAUCAUGAUCUUUACCCUUCUCACUCGAUGUUGA